GGCGUUUAUUCAUAUGAAGGCAAAUUAGAAAAUAGGCGAGAGUUUCACUCAGAAAUCGUCGGGAUGGAGGGUAUAAGUAUUGUGAAUUCGAACGCGGGCCCGAGCUUAGAUAUUACAACGGCUCCGUUUAUGCACUUCCAGGUUCGUUGUGUACGAGAUAUCGUGAAAUAUCGACUCAUUGUAGCUAAUUAUAUAACUGCCGCUCAGAGCACACACUAACCACCAAGUCAUCCAGUACAAUACUAAAAUAGAUAUCCUACCCGCCAGGUAGAGAUAUACCACGAUAACAAGGUCGUAUGACUUUGGCUCACGCCAAUUCGUUGAGCUAGAAAAAUAAAUACCAGCCUAUAAUUUUCAUUUGCAUGGCACUGGAACACAUAUAGUAUAUAAGCCCAGCAAUAUUGAAGGAUUGUUCCAUGGUAAUCCAAAAACG